GGGUCCUACCAUUCUCUUCCUUCUUCACUUCUCCUUCUAGUUUCCUCUUAAAGCUCCCACGCUCGCUUUGCUGUUUAUUUUGUUGUGAUGGCGUCCUCUGGGUCACGUGAGGGGCACUACAGGGGAGUGAGGAAGAGGCCGUGGGGUCGCUACGCAGCUGAAAUACGUGACCCGUGGAAGAAGACGAGGGUGUGGUUGGGUACAUUUGACACACCAGAAGAAGCUGCCCUUGCAUACGACGGAGCUGCUCGUUCUCUCCGUGGAUCUAAAGCGAAGACCAACUUCCCGGUCCCUCCAACUGGGCUUUCUCUGGACCUCAAUCUCCCAUCAGAUCACCACCAUCAUCGUUUGCCCGACGGUCUCGCUCUCCGUGAUUUUCUCCGAACUGAUGUUCUUAAAGGCAUGAACUUUAACGGCACUGAGCUUCCGUCAUCAUCGUCACGUGAUGGUGCUGUUACUAGCGCGCCUCCGGUUCCGGAGAACGUCACGUUCGGUAUCCUUCGACGUGGCCUGCCCAUUGAUUUGAAUGAGCCUCCACCAGUCUGGCUGUAAAUGGUUGAGCUUGCUUAGCUUCUAUAGUCAUUAACCGGCGUCGUUUUCUUAGCUUUAGAAGAAAAAAAAAAGAUAAAUCUUAUCUCUCUGUAUUUUAUUACCUUCCCCUACUGAUUUCUGUGUCAUGUGAUGUGAGGAAGGUUAACAAGAACGAUUACAAUAUCAUGGUUUUAUGAUGUUUUUUUCGACA